AUGGCGGCGGCCGAGCAUGUAAUCCCGGUCAAGGAGACGAUGGAACUCCCAUCGCUUCCUCCCAAUCAAGGCCUCGAGGCCUUGAAAGAUAUCGUCUUUGGUUCGGCAGCAGGAAUGGCCGGAAAGCUCAUCGAAUAUCCCUUUGACACCGUCAAGGUCCGACUUCAAUCUCAACCCGAACAUCUUCCUCUUCGAUAUACUGGUCCUUUGGACUGUUUCCGACAAUCCUUCCAGGCCGAUGGUGUCCGGGGUCUCUACCGAGGCAUUAGUGCCCCCAUGACUGGUGCUGCGGUAGAAACCAGCUGUCUGUUCUUCAGUUACCGCAUCAUCCAAGAUGCACUAAAAGCCACAGUCUUCUCCGACGUGGAACAGCUUCCAUUUGCCGCAUUAUUGGCUGCUGGUGCCGCCUCGGGAUCCAUAACCUCCUUGGCCCUCACCCCCAUUGAGCUCAUCAAAUGCAAGAUGCAAGUGCCCGUCGAGUCCGCCGGUCACAAAGCACCACCCGGACCUUGGGCCCUCAUCACCACCAUUUUCCGUCGAGAGGGCUUGAGAGGAUUCUGGCGUGGACAGAUGGGCACCUUGAUUCGAGAAACCGGAGGCAGCGCUGCGUGGUUUGGUAGUUACGAGGCAGUCUCGACUCUCUUCCGAAACCAGUCAUCUCGACCUCUCUCCGCCACUGAGAGUCUUCCUGUGUAUCAGCAAAUGAUCGCAGGUGGCGCCGCUGGUAUCAGCUAUAACUUUCUGUUCUUUCCGGCUGACACGAUCAAGUCGCGAAUGCAGACGGAAGACAUUUCUCGGCUCCCUGUCAAUGCGCAACGUCAAACCUUUGGCAGCGUGGGACGUGCUUUGUGGCGACAGCAAGGUUUGAAGGGCCUAUACCGCGGGUGCGGGAUCACCUGUGCACGAUCAGCACCCAGUUCAGCCUUUAUCUUCGCUGUCUAUGAAGGAUUACGACAAUACUUUUGA